AUGAGCGCCAUGGUCCAGAAGCCGGCUCCGCAGGGCGAGAGGGGCGGCAAGGGGGGCAGGGCCCACGGCCACUUAGGACUGGGAGCCCGCCAGGGACGGGGGAGGAGCGCCUCGCCGCGCGGCCAACGGAGCGCCUCGUCCGCCCAGGGGAGACAACAUGGGAAAUCAAAUGUGCGAAGGCAAAAGGCCGCUCCCGAGUGCCCUUUAUGUGUUGAACAAAUGGAUGCUACAGACCUUAAGCACAAACCAUGUCCUUGUGGAUACCAAAUUUGCUUAUUUUGCUAUGAGCGGAUAUGCAAACAAUACAGUGGUCAAUGUCCGGGAUGUAGACUGCCCUAUGGCUCUCAACAACCUGAGGCAAAGGCACAACGAAAUCUCACAAAUUCUCUACCUCAACCACUACAAGCUCAAGACCCCCAAACACUAGCACCAGGCAGUGGGCCACAACUACCGUCCCCAAGUCCCCGACUCUCAAAUGGCCUAGAAUGGAAUCAAGCUGUUGAUACAGGCGUAAGCGUCCACAAUGAGGGCUCACGGAGUGAAGUGACGUCUUGGGAUGACUCUGAGUCUGGCGACUGGCCAGCGCUACAACGGGCCACAUCACCAUCUGAGCGCAGGGAGAAUGGCUUCCUCAGACCCCCCUCCCGCAAACAGUUGGGCUCCACUUGCUCGGGUUCCAUCGACUACGUGACCCCCUCUGAGGUCUCCACCGCAGCAUCAAAUUCCGCUGCGAGCUCCCUACCAAGGAGCCUCACCACUGCAGAGGUGUUCACUGUGGUGGGCGGCGCCCACAAGCCUGUCUGUGUGCCCCUGGAGGUUGCUUCCCUCUCCGAUUGCAGGCACCCUGAGGGUGAGGAGGCCUUGGGCCAGAUGCGGAGGGCUGUGCUGCAUGGCAAGAUGACCAGCAGGGAGGGUGCGGUGCACUUGAUGGGCGUGCUGUCCAGAAUCGAGGGCGAAACUGGGGAGAGGCUGCUGAGCCUUUCUGAAUUGAAGCAACGGUAUGUUCCCUGCAGCCAGGAGUCAGGGGAUGUGGGCCAGUAUCACCAGAAUUGCCAGGAUGGAGCGCCAGGCAGCAGUGACAUGUGGCAGGGGGCAGAGCGGCUGGAGGACACACCGAGCAUGGUGGUCUCAAGGCCGGUCCCAAGUGCCUCUCCCAUCAGCCCGCCUAGCGAACCUCGCACCGAUAGUGAAGAGGUGUCCCCCUUCGCUUCUGUGCCACCCACUCUGGGUCCCAUGCAUGGCCUGGCGCCUGCUCGCUCUGUCAGACAGUCGGCGCCCCAACUGCUGUGGCAGAAGAAGGGCCUCACGGGGAUCGACCUGCCCUUGAGAACAACCAGUUAUGGAUCCAAUGGGCAGGAGCGCGGCACAUUCAGCCCCAGCCUGGGCCAAGGAGCUGCCUCGAUGGGUAGGUACGACUUUUACAACCAGGGCCUGGGCGCCAGCACAGGUGCACCUGGCUUUCCACAGCACCCGCUUCAGGGUACUGACGGUGGCCUUGGAUUGAGACAAGGCAUCAGCGGGCUCUCCCAGAGGGACACAGGCUUCUCACAAAAUGCUGCAACUGCAGGGAUGGGCCAGGCCAUAGUGCAACCUGGCAGGGACAUGAUGAGGAGUGGCUUUGGGGCGCCGUCUCUGCCUUCCUUGGGUUCGUCCAGUGUGGGUGGUGUGCCCGGGAUGUCAGGAAACCAAUGGGGCGCCCAUCAGUCCGUCCAGCGCGACAUGCCUCAGUACAUCCCCCCCGACAUCGCGGCGAUUCGGGGGAUUGGGCUGGGCGGGACGCGCCACGAGUCUGUGUGCUUUGGCCUCGAGCCUGGGGUGGCGCCUCAGGCGCUGCACCAGCAGGUAACUGAGCGCCUGCGGAUAAAUGGGGGACGUGGAGAGCACCUACAGCGAGGCUGGAAGUGA